AUGAGUACCAGCACCACCAUAAACCCAGUACUUUCCGAGUCAUAUUCUUCCUCCAAACUUGAUGAAUUCCCAACCGUCGCAAUUGACAAGAUCGAGCCCUCUGAGGAUGAAGACGAAAGGACAUUCCAUGACACUGAUGCCGCAUACGUUUUGCCGAACGACAACAUCGAACAUCAAAGACUAGAAGUUCAACACAGACUUCUAUGGCAGCUCAUGGGCAACAAAGUCUUCCAUGCUCCGGUACCGAAAGACACUACGCGAAAGACUCUGGAUAUUGGAUGCGGAACAGGUGCAGUUACCUAUGAGAUGGCCUCUACUUUCCCUAAUGCGCAGGUCUUCGGCGCCGACCUAUCCGCGGUUCCACAAGUCAGACAGAAGCUAUCGAAUAUCAACUACCUACUCGCGCUAAAAGAUGUCGAUCUAUACUGUGGGGCUAACAUUCCCUCGCUGUUUGCUGAAGCCGGCCUUACGGACAUCAGAAUCACGAGGUACAUGGUUCCGUUCAGUCGGUGGGAUGGUCUAACGAGAGAAGAGAGGGAAAUGGCGGAUUAUUUGGAGACGUUCGUGAGGGAUCUUAUUCCGGUUGCUAUUCAGAAGGCGGGAGAGAGUGCAGGGCCCGAAUAUGCGGGGGAGGUUGAGGACGCAAUUAGGGACGCGAGAAAGUAUCAUGAGGCUUUUGAUGAGGGAAGGAAUUCCCUAUGGAUGUACGUUGUUUGUGGACGGAAGCCGGAAUAG